AUGAAUAACUCAGGUAUAGAUUAUAGAGGCCGUCCAUUAUUUGACAUUCCUCAUAAAAUGGCAAGCACAACAAUUCUAAGCAAGAACUCAGCAGACCUAAAUCUAAAAGGGUUUUUUAAUCUGUUUAUAUUAAUUCUUGUGUUUACAAAUAUGGGUGUUGUAUUAGAAAACGCAAUGAAGUAUGGCUGCAAAGUUUCAUUUCCAAAAGGAAUUACAGAUUUAAUUCAAAACUGGCCAAUUCUAUGGUGCUUGUGUCAAUUAGUGGCAUUGGUAUUUAUUUCUUUCAUACUGGAGAAGUACCUUGCUUCUUUAAAGAUAUCUUUGCCCAAUGUCUAUGAUAGUGAGCCUAAUCACAACUCAAAUGAGACUAGAUAUGGUUUGGUAAACUAUAGUUUACCGAAAAUAACAGGAUUUUUGUCACUAAUAUUAAUUAUUACAAAUAUGCUAAUGAUGCUUUACAUUCCAUAUAAAACAGUCAAGUUUUAUUCUCCAAAUCCUCUUUCUUCCUUAAUUUUACUCAGCUUUUCAUUUGUUUGGUUUUUUAAGACUCUAUCAUUUCAUCAUGUUUGUCACGAUGUCAGAAGAUGCGUAUUAAAUGAUGAGGACUUCCAUGAGAUUUGUGGAACUUCUCCAGAAGCUGAAAUCGCAAGUAAAUAUCCAGCAAGUUUAUCAUUGAGAUACCAUUACUGGUUUCUAUUAGCACCAACUAUGUGUUUUCAAUUCUGGUACCCAAGAACUGGCGGAAUAAGGUGGUUACAAGUGAUUAAAUACACUGUUGAGUUAAUUACGUGUAUCAUUCUUAUUAAAAUAAUAACUGAACAAUAUGUUAUGGUAACGGCACACUAUACAUUUACAUUUAAGGAAAUUCAAAGAAUGAAUAUUUUUCAGUUCUUAGGUCAUAUGGCUACUAGAAUAAUGAAACUAUCGAUCCCAUCUCUCUAUGUAUGGUUGCUAGGUUUUGUUGCACUAUUUCAUCAUUACCUCAAUAUACUUGGAGAAAUCACAUGUUUUGCAGAUAGAGCCUUUUAUCUUGAUUGGUGGAAUGCCGGGAAUUUUGGUGAGUAUUGGAGAAAAUGGAACCUUCCUGUUCAUUUCUUCCUUACAAGACACAUAUUUAAACCACUAAGAAAAAAGGGAUUUAGUAGAUCUUUUUCAGGCUUACUUGUGUUCACAUUUUCUGCUUUAAUUCAUGAGUAUUUGGUAGUUGUUCCACUAGAUAUUGGGUGGACAGGGUGGGUCGUACUUGCCUUUGUUUUCCAAGUUCCACUUUCAUCUUGGACUCAAUCAAGCUACAUUCAAAAAAGAGAAACUCUUGGAAAUGUUUUGUUUUGGAUCACAUUUUGCUUUUGCGGCCAGCCUAUUGCUGUUUUACUAUAUUAUUAUUUGUGGGCACUUUCUAAAGGAGAAAUUGAUCAAAUUGACUUAAAUAAAAUUGAAGGAAUUCCACAAAUUCCACUGGAGAACAUCUCUGGGUAUAUUGCAAACUUAACAAAUGUGACUCACAAUAUUUACCAUUAA